UAAGCUCGGCAAGGCGGGGAGAGCGAGUGAGGCGAGUGAAGCGCGGAAGAGUGCACACUCACAGCGCGCUUUCAUGUACCGUGCAGCUUCAACAUGAUCUUCAGGUGGUUGCACCGCAAGUUCCUUGAGCCCAAACAUUCCAACCGAGCCGACACAAGCAGCAGCAAGCCGAGGGUGUUAGCAGCACCAGUCACAAGCGGCAGCACCAGCUCCAGCACCAGCAGCACAUCCAAAAGCUCUUCCAGUAGCAGCAGCAGCAGUAGCUGCUGUGCCUGUGGAGAUGCUCCCGAGCAGGAGCUCUCUAACCCAGGAAAUCCAAGAGCAGACGAACAACUCACCCAAGGCCGCCUGAUCAUGAGCGGCAAAGUAUUCCCGACGCAGAGACGAGGCAUGGUUGCAGCGCAAGCGCAACGCCGAUCUCAGCUUGCCGUUCCUAGUCCUGCCGCUGCUGACACUGCCAACUGCACCAACAGCAUCAAACUCCGGCGAGUGAAGUGCCUCUUUUCUGUCAUCCGAUCUCCUCUCAAGUGGACAUGGCCACAGUGCCACUCCCACAAAAGAAGCUCCAGUCGGCCGCGGAUAAAAUGUGCCAGCUUCCAAAAGGUAAUACAAUGUUUUAGUGCUCUUCGGUGCUUCCACACUUAUCUUCCACAGGUGCUCGCCAGGCUGCAAAAGCGGGCCUGCUUUUCAUCUUGUCGCACCAGCACCGGCACUAGCAACCACCAGUUGCCAGUCUCAGCCCAGGUUCCUAAUCCAGCUCAAGCGCCAAACAGAUUUCUCAGCCCCUCCCACCCUACUGCUGCCUCAGAAUCAGUCCAAGUUUCACCUCAGAAACGAUCCUUUCGGAAAUCGCUCAGCGCCUCCGACCCGGAAUAUUGGAUCAACAGCAACUCUGACUACGUCGAUUUCGUCAUGACAAGUGACAUGAAAGAUUCCAGAAAAUGAUCCUGAUGUAACUGGCCAAGAGUGUAAACA